UACUUUACCAAUUAAGGUUCUCGCAUUAACAGCAGAGAGGACAGAAGGAGGCAGAAAAGACUAAAGGGUGUCACUAGUGUUUUUUCUCGAGUUCAGCGAACAAGCUUUUCCUCCAGGGACACUCGUCCGGUCCGGGAGGGUCGUACAGUGAGUUUUCUGCACUGUGCUAGAGUGAAGUUCACCCUCUGCUUCCUGUGCCACACGCAAAAUCUGAAGGGAUAGCCGACAGCAACAAGAAUUACUGCAAGACAAGCAGCAAAACUCACAAAACGUUGGAAAGAAGAGCAUACAAAUUGUACAAUUCCUCAAGACUCCACCCAAAAAGCGAGACAGCGAAUUAGUGCAGGAGACCCGAGUCGAUAAAAAUGAGUCAACACACACGCCCCCACCAGUCGAGCGCCGCCGCUCCCCAAUCCAACGCUUCUCUCUCCCCGGACAAGGACGCAGACAUGCCCGCUACAGAGAAAGAUCUCGCCGAGGACGCGCCAUGGAAGAAGAUCCAGCAAAAUACAUUCACGCGUUGGUGCAACGAGCAUCUGAAAUGUGUCAAUAAGCGCAUAGCGAACCUGCAGACGGACCUGAGCGAUGGGCUCCGGCUGAUCGCGCUUCUGGAGGUGCUCAGCCAGAAGAAGAUGUUCCGCAAGUAUAACCAGCGCCCCACGUUCAGACAGAUGCAGCUGGAGAACGUUUCCGUGGCUCUGGAGUUCCUGGACAGGGAAAACAUCAAGCUGGUGUCCAUAGACAGUAAGGCCAUAGUGGAUGGGAACCUGAAGCUGAUCCUGGGUCUGAUAUGGACACUUAUCCUGCAUUAUUCCAUCUCCAUGCCCAUGUGGGACGAGGAGGAGGAGACCGAAGAAAGCAAGCAGAAGACGCCCAAGCAGAGGCUGCUCGGAUGGAUACAGAACAAGCUGCCCGAGCUGCCCAUCACCAACUUCAGCCGCGACUGGCAGUCAGGGAAAGCCCUUGGCGCGCUGGUGGACAGUUGUGCUCCAGGUCUUUGUCCAGACUGGGAUUCCUGGGAUCAGACCAAGCCUGUGGACAAUGCCAGGGAGGCCAUGCAGCAGGCUGAUGACUGGCUUGGUGUUCCUCAGGUGAUCACUCCAGAAGAAAUUGUUGAUCCCAAUGUGGAUGAGCACUCCGUUAUGACAUAUCUGUCCCAGUUCCCCAAAGCCAAACUCAAGCCUGGUGCACCCCUGCGGCCCAAACUCAACCCCAAAAAGGCCCGUGCAUAUGGACCAGGUAUUGAGCCCACAGGUAAUGUUGUGAUGAAGAAGGCUGUGUUCACUGUUGAGACAAUCAGCGCUGGUAUGGGUGAGGUACUGGUUUACGUGGAAGACCCAGCCGGCCACCGCGAGGAGGCUAAAGUCACUGCCAACAAUGACAAGAACCGCACUUACUCUGUGUUCUAUGUACCAAAAGUCACUGGACAACACAAGGUGACUGUGCUGUUUGCAGGACAACACAUCUCCAAGAGUCCAUUUGAGGUGGAUGUGGGAAUGGCUCAGGGAGACUCCAGCAAGGUCACUGCCCAGGGCCCAGGACUUGAGCCUGCAGGCAACAUUGCCAACAAGACCACAUACUUUGACGUCUACACAGCUGGUGCUGGAGUAGGAGAGGUUGAGGUGGUCAUUAUGGAUCCCAGUGGAAAGAAGGACACUGUUGAGUGCAGUGUUGAGGAUAAGGGCAAUAGCAGCUACCGAUGUACCUACAAGCCCACUCUGGAGGGCCAGCACAUCAUCUAUAUCACCUUUGCUGGGGGCCAGAUCUCCAAGAGCCCUUACACAGUCCAUGUGGGAGAGGCCUGUAAUCCAAGCCUGUGUAAAGCCAAGGGUCGUGGUCUGCAGCCUAAAGGCUUGAGGAUCAAGGAGACUGCUGAGUUUAAGGUUUACACCAAAGGAGCUGGUACUGGAGAACUGAAAGUCACCAUCAAAGGGCCCAAGGGUCUUGAGGAGCCCUGUAAGAAGAAGGAUCUGGGAGAUGGCGAAUACAGCUAUGAGUAUUACCCCUCCACACCUGGGAAUUACAUCAUCACAAUCACAUGGGGCGGACAGCACAUCCCACGCAGCCCAUUUGAGGUGAAGAUUGGGUCUGAAGCAGGACCACAGCCAGUGAGGGCAUGGGGUCCAGGACUAGAGAGUGGUGUUGUAGGCAAAUCCGCUGACUUUGUUGUGGAAGCUGUUGGGGAUGAUGUGGGCACUUUGGGUUUCUCAGUGGAGGGCCCUUCCCCGGCUAAGAUCGAAUGUGACGAUAAGGGAGAUGGCUCCUGUGACGUGAGGUACUGGCCCACAGAACCGGGUGAAUAUGCCGUUCAUGUGCUCUGUAAGAACGAGGACAUCCAGCUCAGCCCUUUCAUGGCUGAAAUCGAGCCUGCUCCAGGAAAAGACUUUUAUCCUGACAAGGUGAAGGCUUAUGGUCUAGGUCUGCAGAGCUCUGGCCUGUCUGUCGGCAAACCAGCUGAGUUCACCGUAGAUGCCAAACUAGGUGGCAAAGCUCCUCUAAAGAUUCAAGCUCAGGACCGUGAUGGAAACCCAGUGGAUGUUCAGGUGAAGGACAAUGGCAAUGGAACAUACAGCUGCAGCUAUACACCUCGCAAACCUCUCAAACACACUGUGAUGGUGUCAUGGGGUGGAAUCAACAUCCCAGAGAGCCCAUUCAGGAUGAAUAUUGGGGCAGGGUGCCAUCCCAAUAAGGUUAAAGUAUCAGGACCUGGAGUGGCCAAGACAGGCCUGAAGGCAUUUGAACCCACAUACUUCACUGUGGAUUGCGCUGAGGCUGGACAGGGUGACAUCAGCAUAGGCAUCAAAUGUGCUCCAGGUGUGGUGGGACCUGCUGAGGCUGACAUUGAUUUUGACAUCAUUAGAAAUGACAAUGAUACAUUCACUGUCAAAUACACUCCCCCUGGAGCAGGCAGCUACACAAUCAUGGUGCUGUUUGCUAAUCAGACCAUUCCUAUGACUCCCAUCAGAAUCAAGGUCGAUCCCUCUCAUGAUGCCAGCAAAGUUAAAGCAGAGGGGCCUGGACUCAGCCGCACUGGUGUGGAGCUGAACAAACCCACUCAUUUCACUGUAAAUACAAAGGCCGCAGGCAAAGCUAAACUUGAUGCUCAGUUCACUGGACCCAACAAGGGAGAGGCGGUCCGUGACUUUGACGUCAUCAACAAUCAUGACGGCACCCACACUGUUAAAUACACCCCUGUCCAACAGGGCAAUAUGGGUUUGAAUGUCACCUAUGGUGGUGAUCCCAUUCCCAAGAGCCCAUUUGCUGUAGCAGUUGCCCCAUCUCUGGACCUCAGUAAAGUUAAAGUGGCUGGUCUUGGCAAUACAAUGGCUGUUGGAAAGGAUCAGGACAUCGCGGUCAAGUCUAAAGGAGCAGGUGGUCAGGGCAAGGUUGGCGCAAAGGUUACAGGUCCAUCUGGCAAAUCAGUGCCCUGUAAAGUUGAACCAGGCCUGAGCCCAGAAACCAGCCAGGUUCGUUUUAUCCCCAGAGAUAAGGGACCCUAUGAGGUUGAACUGACAUAUGAUGGUGCCCCCAUCCCUGGCAGUCCAUUCCCCGUGGAAGCCAUUGCACCCACUGACCCAUCUAAGGUGCGAUGUUCUGGGCCAGGUCUGGAGCGAGCUAAGGUUGGUGAGCCAGGAAAGUUUGUGGUCGAUUGCACUAAUGCUGGUCCUGCUGAGCUGACUAUAGAGAUCAUCUCAGACAAUGGCACUGAGGCUGAAGUCCAUAUUCAAGACAAUGGGGAUGGAACUUACACCAUCACUUAUAUCCCUCUCUACCCCGGAGCUUAUACCCUCACCAUUCGCUACGGGGAUCAGGAUGUGCCAAACUUCCCAGCCAAACUUAACGUGGAGCCUGCUGUGGAAACCAGUGGAGUAAAAGUGUUCGGACCUGGAGUGGAGGGCAAAGGUGUUUUCCGGGAGGCCACUACUGAUUUCACUGUGGAUGCUCGUGCUCUCACCAAAACGGGUGGCAAUCAUAUUAAGACAUGCAUCAAUAACCCAUCAGGCAACCACACUGAAGCUCUGAUCAGAGACCUGGGAGAUGGGACUUACCAAGUGGAGUACACACCUUAUGAGGAGGGCACACACAGUGUUGAGGUCGCUUACGAUGGCAGCCCGGUUCCAAAGAGCCCGUUCCGUGUGCCGGUGACCGAGGGUUGUGACCCUGCACGUGUGCGUGUACAUGGCCCAGGACUUCAGUCUGGCAUCACCAAUAAACACAACAAGUUUACAGUGGAGACCCGUGGGGCUGGUACAGGUGGAUUGGGGCUUGCUAUGGAGGGACCUUCUGAGGCCAAAAUGUCUUGCACUGAUAACAAAGAUGGCAGCUGUUGUGUUGAAUACAUCCCAUAUGAGCCAGGCACAUACAACCUCAAUGUUACCUAUGGAGGCCAACCAAUCACUGGAAGCCCUUUCUCUGUACCUGUCCACGAUACUGUCGACGCAACUAAAGUGAAAUGCCAGGGUCAGGGGCUUGGAAACAACGUCCGUGCCAAUAUCCCACAGGUCUUUUCUGUGGAUGCAAGCAAGGCUGGAGUGGCUCCUUUGCAGGUCAGAGUGCAGGGACCCAAAGGAGUCGUGGAGCCUGUUGAGGUGGUGGAUAAUGGUGACCGGACUCACACGGUUAGCUACGUACCCACCAGGGAGGGGCCGUAUUCAAUUAACGUCCUGUAUGCUGAUGAGGAGAUCCCACAAAGUCCUUAUAAGGUGAAGGUUCUGCCCACUCAUGAUGCUAGUAAGGUCCGUGCCAGCGGUCCAGGUCUGAAUACCACUGGUGUGCCUGCCAGUCUGCCCGUGGAGUUCACUAUUGAUGCCAAAGAUGCAGGAGAGGGACUCUUAGCUGUCCAGAUCACUGACCCUGAAGGGAAGCCAAAGAAGGCUAACAUUCGUGAUAAUCAGGAUGGGACAUACCUUGUGUCCUAUGUACCUGACAUGACCGGGCGUUACACUAUUCUCAUCAAGUAUGGUGGUGAUGAGAUCCCGUACUCCCCAUAUCGUAUCAGAGCCCUGCCCACAGGAGAUGCCAGCAAAUGCACAGUCACAGUCUCAAUUGGAGGUCACGGUUUGGGAGCUGGUGUUGGUCCAACUAUUCAGAUUGGAGAGCAGACUGUCAUCACUGUGGAUGCAAAGGCCGCUGGGAAGGGCAAGGUGACAUGCACAGUGUGCACUCCAGAUGGAGGCGAGGUGGAUGUGGACGUAGUUGAAAAUGAAGAUGGAACAUUUGACAUCUUCUACACAGCACCCCAGCCUGGGAAAUAUGUCAUCUGUGUGCGCUUCGGUGGAGAGCACAUCCCCAACAGCCCCUUCCAAGUCACGGUACAUAUAUGCCAAAUAGAUCCUGUAUUCAUGUGGAUCACAGUAUAUUCAUUCAAAGGGUGGACAAACUCUUACAGGCAGCCUUUCCAGUGGGAUUGUGCAUUAAAUAUACACUGA